AGUAAUGCUAAAAAUGCCAAAACAGGACGUGGUAUGAUGUUUACUUAGUGAAAUCUGUAAACACUUAUUUACAGGUUCAUUAGCGUUGCAACUGAUUAAGUGCGUAGUACACAUAUGGAUUCCCAAAAAUGUUUUUAAACGUUUCUAACCUUGACCUGCUUUAAAGAAAUACCUAAAGGCUAAACUGUUUGUGCGUAGGUGCAUCUAUACAUAUUUCCAUAUAUAUAUAAUAACAUGUUCAUCAUAAGAAGUGGAUUGAACGGCAUCACACAUCAUACCAUUACAAACCAUGGUGUCUAAGCAAGUAGCGAGGAUUGUCGUUGCUUCAAUUUAUCGACUGUUAGUUCUUGGAGUGUUCAUGACAUUCACUAUCGUCGGCUAUUGCUACCUGUAUCCAGAUGAACCGUUCCGUAUUCAAAAUCUCUUGGUACUUUUUAAGUAUAUCACAUUUAUCACUCUGACACUGGUACAGGUGUAUUUCUCUGUGGCCACAAUACUACAGGCAUGCAAAUCGGUUACAGUCCAUUCUUACUUCUUUACACUGGCGUUCACAUAUAGUUGGACAAUAGCUUUGAUAUACCUCAUUGUGUAUUUGGUUGAUCCAACUGUGGCGACUGAAAAUCCUGAAUUGAAGGCUAUGCCUUUAUGGUUCAACCAUGCAACUCACUUCUUUGGACCAGUGGCAGUACUUGUCGAUGCAUUCGUCUGGAGACCGAAAUCAGUCAAACUGUUAAUAUCCUUCAUCGUUUGUUAUAUUCUGAUGGCAGGUUACAAUAUCUACAUGGAAGUUUCAAUUUCAGCAUUCCACUUCAGUCCAUAUCCAAAACUUGACAAAAUACCAACUGGUUAUCGAUUCUUAGUUUAUGCAAUUAGUUGGGCAUUGGUCACUGUAUUCACUCUGUGCAAUUAUUGCCUACUUCGUCUGAUCAAUCGACGUGGCGGUGAUGCUGAACAACCCAUCAAGGAUGAAAAAUAAAAACACUUUACACUAAUUUAUAUCUGUAGUUCCUAUGUAAUCAAUAAAAAAGCUUCAAAACUUGA